CGUCCCCUCCCCGCCUCCCCAGCCUGAGAGGAGAGAGAGAUAAGCUGAGGGAUGCGGCUGCCCCGCCCGACCCACAGCGCUGAUGCCAUGAUCACUUAUUCAGCCGUUCUGAAGAUGGAUUGCUGUUACUAAUGGGAAGAAGUCCAAUAUGAGUGGAAAUGAUGUUGGGGGAAGAAGACGCUUUGAGGACAGUGAGCAAACACUACACAUAUACCCCGGGAGCAUUGCUGAAGGGACCAUCUAUUGUCCUGUUAUUGCACGAAAAACAUCCACUGCUGCGGAGGUGAUAGACUCUCUGAUUAAUAAGCUUCAGCUGGACAAAACAAAAUGCUACGUCUUGGCAGAGGUGAAGGAGUUUGGGGGGGAGGAAUGGAUCCUCAACCCCACCGACUGCCCUGUCCAACGCAUGAUGUUGUGGCCACGUAUGGCCCUAGAGAACCGUUUGAGUGGAGAGGAUUAUCGCUUUCUUCUAAGGGAAAAAAACCUAGAUGGAUCAAUACAUUAUGCCAGCCUCCAGUCCUGGUUGCGGGUCACAGAAGAGCGCCGGAGGAUGAUGGAACGUGGCUUCCUUCCUCAACCGCAGUACAAGGACUAUGAUGACUUGUGUGCUUUGCCAGACUUGAAUGAGAGAACGCUCUUGGAAAACCUUAGAAAUCGCUUUAAACAGGAAAAAAUUUACACAUAUGUUGGAAGCAUACUAAUAGUCAUUAACCCAUUCAAAUUUCUCCCCAUUUACAACCCCAAGUAUGUUAAAAUGUAUGAUAACCAUCAACUGGGGAAGUUGGAGCCUCACAUUUACGCAGUGGCUGAUGUAGCAUAUCAUGCUAUGCUUCUGCGUCGGAAGAAUCAGUGUAUUGUCAUUUCUGGAGAAAGUGGGUCUGGGAAAACACAGAGCACAAACUUCUUGAUUCAUCACCUCACUGCUCUUAGCCAGAAGGGAUUUGCUAGUGGAGUAGAACAAAUCAUUCUUGGAGCUGGACCAGUGCUUGAGGCAUUUGGGAAUGCGAAGACUGCACACAAUAACAACUCGAGUCGCUUUGGCAAGUUUAUCCAAGUGAAUUAUCAGGAGACUGGCACUGUGCGUGGAGCUUAUGUUGAAAAAUAUCUAUUGGAAAAGUCCAGGCUAGUCUAUCAAGAACAUAAUGAGAGGAACUACCAUGUAUUUUAUUACCUUCUGGCAGGAGCAAGUGAAGAAGAGAAAUCAGCUUUUCAUCUUAAACAACCUGAUGAAUAUCAUUAUCUUAAUCAGAUGGCAAAGAAACCCCCUAAACAGAGCUGGGAUGACUGUUACUAUGACUCUGAGCCGGACUGCUUCUCUGUUGAAGGGGAAGACUUGAAGCAUGACUUUGAGCGUUUGCAACUAGCUAUGGAGAUGGUGGGCUUUCUUCCGAAGACUCGUAAACAGAUUUUUUCCCUUUUGUCGGCAAUACUCCACUUGGGUAACAUCUGUUACAAAAAGAAAACCUACCGAGAUGAUUCCAUAGAUAUCUGCAACCCAGAAAUCCUGCCUAUCGUCUCGGAGCUUCUGGAGGUCAAAGAAGAAAUGUUGUUUGAGGCACUGGUUACAAGGAAGACAGUUACUGUCGGGGAAAAGCUUGUGUUACCAUACAAACUGGCAGAGGCUGUUACAGUGCGGAAUUCCAUGGCUAAAUCAUUGUACAGUGCCCUGUUUGAUUGGAUAGUUUUUAGAAUUAACCAUGCACUUUUGAAUACUAAGGACUUGGAAGAAAGCACCAAGACCUUGUCCAUUGGAGUACUUGAUAUUUUUGGGUUUGAAGAUUACGAAAGUAAUAGCUUUGAACAAUUCUGCAUUAAUUUUGCAAAUGAACGUUUACAACACUAUUUUAACCAACACAUCUUUAAACUGGAGCAAGAAGAGUACCGACUCGAAGGCAUCAGCUGGCAUAACAUAGACUACAUAGACAACUCUGGUUGCAUAAACCUCAUCAGUAAAAAGCCAACAGGGCUGCUCCAUCUACUGGAUGAGGAAAGCAAUUUCCCACAAGCCACGAAUCAAACACUGCUAGACAAGUUUAAGCGUCAGCAUGAAGGGAACCUCUACAUUGAAUUUCCAACUGUGAUGGAACCAGCCUUCAUCAUAAAACACUAUGCUGGAAAAGUUAAAUACGGUGUGAAGGAUUUCCGGGAGAAAAAUACAGACCAUAUGCGACCAGACAUUGUCGCUCUCCUAAGAAGCAGCAAGAGUGCCUUCAUCUGUGGAAUGAUAGGGAUUGAUCCUGUUGCUGUGUUCCGGUGGGCGGUCCUUAGAGCUUUCUUCAGAGCUGCGGUUGCAUUUAGGGAGGCUGGAAAGAAAUACACUGAGAAGAAAACUGGGCAUGAUGAUGCGGUUUUGAAAAGUGUGGAUAGUUUUAGCUUUCUCCAUCACCCAGUUCAUCAGAGGAGCUUAGAGAUCCUGCAGAGAUGCAAGGAGGAGAAGUACAGUAUUGCUCGGAAGCAUCCAAGGACACCCCUUUCAGAUCUGCAGGGAGUUAACACUAUCAACGAAAAAAGCCAACGUGAUACAUAUGGAGUUGGCUGGAAUAGCAGGAUGGCCAUCCGACAGAACCGACUCUCCAGCCACAGCAGUUUCCUUGACAAAGAUGGGAUAUUUGUGAAUUCAACUAACAGCAAGCUGUUGGAGAGAGCCCAUGGCAUUCUCAUGCGAAACAAGAACUUCAAAGCCAAGCCAAGCCUUCCAAAGCACUUGCUCGAGGUGAAAUCACUCAAGCAUCUGACAAACCUGACUCUCCAUGACCGUAUCACAAAGUCUCUUCUCCAUCUUCACAAGAAGAAAAAGCCCCCAAGCAUCAGUGCACAAUUCCAGGCAUCACUUACCAAGCUGAUGGAGACCCUUGGCCAGUCAGAGCCCUAUUUUGUCAAGUGCAUUCGCUCUAAUGCUGAUAAGCUUCCCCUGAGGUUCAGCGACAACCUGGUGCUUAGGCAGCUACGGUACACUGGGAUGCUAGAGACGGUGCGCAUUCGGCAAUCAGGAUACAGCUGCAAAUACUUUUUCCAGGACUUUAUAGACCAUUUUCAUGUUCUUCUCCCACGAGCCACUAUCCCAUCUAAGCAAAACAUCCAAGAUUUCUUCAGGAAAACCAAGACGAGUGCAGACAAUUAUCAAGUGGGGCGAACAAUGGUUUUUAUGAAGGAGCAAGGGCGGCAGCUUUUACAGGGCCUGCUGCAUGAGGAGGUAUUGCAAAGGAUCACCCUGCUACAGAGCUGGUUCCGCAGUAUGCUCUACAGAAGGCACUUUCUGAACUUGAGGCAGGCAGUUAUUGUCAUACAGAGAUAUUGGCGUAGUUAUCAGCAAAGAAAACAGGCUGAAGCAGAAGAGUCCCUGUACAAUUCAGUCUUUUUAGGAAAGGCAGCCGUGGUUCUUCAGGCAUGCUGGCGAGGUUAUGUGGCCAGGCGACGAUUCCAUCAGAUGCGAGAGGCCGGCUUUAUCAUCCAGAGCUAUUGGCGGGAAUGCUUGAGACGUAGGCAUGCUGCGGCUACGUCCAUCCAAGCAAAAUGGCGAAGCCACCACGCCAGGACUGUCUACAGGGCCAAGAGACACCAAGUGAUUUUGUUGCAAGCCGCAUAUAGAGGAUACAAAGCGCGACAGAGGUUUAGAAUUUUAAAGGAGCAGAGAUUGAGAGAGGCGUCACUGAGGAAUGGACUAAUGGUUAAAGAAGAGGAUGGACUAGUGCCAGGGGAUCGUUUGGAUAUUAAGGGUUCAGACCCUUCUGAAUGGGAAGACAGUUCAUUUGAAGAGAGGGUGAAAGCUAUAGAAGAGCAUAAGUCUGUGAUGGAUAGGGUAGGUCAAAUAGAUGCCUCAGAUAAUUCUGGAACUUCAUUAUACAAACAUCAUGAAAGAGCCAACAGCCAGAGUGGAGUGAGCAUAGAAGAGCAAGUAGUUGUGAGAGAGAGACCCAAGUCUCUGGAAGACCUCAAUCAAAAAAGAGGAGUUCGUGCAAAGCGAGAGAGUCGGCGGAUGCGUGAAUUGGAACAAGCAAUCUUUAGUUUGGAGUUGCUUAAGGUCCGGUCCACUGGUGGGGCAUCUCCAUCGGAGGAGCAGCAGUGGUCCUCAGAGUUGGCUUCUGAAGGGAUGCACUCUCCCCGUGGAACUCCAGAAAGUGAAAGCUCUCAGGGAAGUCUAGAGAUGCUGAGCCAUGACGAGACUCAGAAGGGCAAGCGGGACCCUACAUUGCCACAGGAGCAAGAUACACAAGCUAUUCCCAGAGACUCGUUACCCAAUAGCCCUAAAUUGGGCGAUGUUCAAGGCAUCCCUAUCUUGGCUGCUGAUGUAAAUAGAAACGUGUGUGAUAGGAAAAGGUCAAUCUCAAGUUCUGAAUUGCCAGAGUGCCUUGCGGCUAAAGAGAGGUUGGCCUGUGAUUCCCAUGGUAUUGUCCAUAACAUGCAUGUAAGAGAGCCACUCAUUUCAAGCAGUCUGCCUACAUUUUACCUGCCACCCCAAGACCACUGGAGAGCUGGUCAUUCAGUGAUAGAAAAUAACCUAAGGAAUAAACGAAUGGAAACAGGGACAUCUUUGUUCCCAGAAGCCAAGAAGCUUGUUGAAUGGGAAAGGCCAGGGCAAGGCACAACCCUUCAUGGGGAAUGUCAGCCUUCCUUCACUGGAGAAGGAAGCCCAGUUCUUACCACUUCAGAAGUGCCAUCUUCAGAUUCAGUUAUCAAGAAGCUUGAGAAGCUAAAUGUGGAGAAGGAAGAGCGCCGGAAACAAAAGCAGCUUCAGAACGAGAAAGAAAUGAUGGAGCAGAUACGGCAGCAGAAGGAAAUUUUGGGGAAGCAGCGUAAAGUUUUUGAAGAGCUUGAGAGGCAAGAGACUGAGCAGAACAGGAUCAGGGAGUCCUCCCAGGGAACCUCUCUCAGGUCGCCAAAGAGAGCGGACAGGCCUCAAUCUCUCCUCAUUGUGAAUCCGCAGAACAAAGGGGACCAUGGUCUCACAACAAGUACAGAACCAACCUCAUCGGUGGAUAUUAAAACACCCACUGCUUCAAAAAAAGGAAGCCCACCUCCUUGCCAGGCAACCCAGAAGGAAAGGACUACCCUUAAGUCUGCCGGAACAGAUCGGUUGAACUCACAAAUAGGUUCUGAAUCUCAGGAAGUCUUCAGCACUCCACCUGCAAAAGAAAAGCGGUUCAGGUUGCCCCGAAUUCCAAGCCAGGGCACUGAAAGCUCUUCUACUGAAACCAGAGUUGGUUCCAUUUUCUUUAACCCAAAGGACAAUCACAUGGUUGUUAAUUUCAGCAAAGAAUCUUCAUAUUCGUUUCUUCCAAAAGAAGAACAUAAAAAGCCAUUGAAGGUUCCUGGACCAAGCAGGGGAGAGGUUGCCAGACCAGUCCAUAAAAAGAAAGCCCGCAUGGCACGGACACGCUCCAAUUUCUUGACUAGAGGUGCUUUUGCUGAUUGGGAGGGGGAUACGGAGGAAGAGGAUUGCGAUGACACAUUUGAAUUCCUUCUCUCCCUUGACCAACCUCCUCACCCUGAGCCUGGCUGUGCAGUCAGACUUGGGCAGCCCUGUCACAGUGACUCUGAAAUGAUGUUACAACGGUUCACAUCCAGUGAAGGCCAACCGAAGCUUCAUAAAACAAUGUCUCAAGGAGAGAUUGGAAAACUGGCAGCUGUGCAGAAGACUGCAGCUACAGAUGGCAGCAGGCCUCAAAGAGCCAAGAUGAGAUUUUGGGGGAAAGGGAGGCAGACAGAGAAGAAAACAAGCAGGGAGAAGCUUGCAACCCAGUCAGAGCUGUUGGAGUUGUAUCCAGAUCAAGAUGCACCAGGAAGAGAGAUAAUUUCAGGUCUACAGCUUGAAGAAGAGCUGACUCCCCCAAGGAGUCCUGAAUUAUCUGGCAUCUAUCGACGGGAAUGUAAGGAAAACAAAGAGCCAUCUCCCAAGGUGAAGCGGAAGCGCAGCCUGAAAAUCAGCAAUGUUACUAUGGAACCUGCACAAUGGCAGAACGACGCUCUUCAGAUCAUAACCAGUGCCAGGGACUUGAAAAGCAUGGAUGAGUUCCUCUUGAAAAAGAUGAAUGAUCUGGAUACUGAAGACUGUAAAAAGGACACCCUGGUAGAUGUUGUAUUUAAAAAAGCCUUGAAAGAAUUCCGGCAAAAUAUCUUCAGUUUCUACUCUUCAGCUUUAGCAAUGGACGAUGGAAAGAGCAUCCGGUACAAAGACCUGUAUGCCCUGUUUGAACAGAUUCUGGAGAAGACUAUGAAGUUUGAACAGAGGGACUGGAGUGAAUCACCUGUCCGGGUCUGGGUCAAUACCUUCAAGGUGUUUUUGGAUGAAUAUAUGACAGAAUAUAUGACUUCAGAUUCUACUGCCUCAAAGGUGAGCAAAACAGAAAGGAAGAAGAGAAGAAAGAAGGAACCAGAUGUUGUAGAAGAACACAAUGGUCACAUUUUUAAGGCUACUCAGUACAGCAUCCCCACCUACUGUGAAUUCUGUUCCUCCCUGAUAUGGAUCAUGGACCGGGCCUCUGUAUGUAAAUUAUGCAAGUAUGCUUGCCACAGAAAGUGCUGUCUGAAGACCACCACAAAGUGCUCCAAAAAGUAUGAUCCUGAGCUUUCUUCGCGGCAAUUUGGAGUUGAACUCUCCCGCCUGACCAGUGAAGUGCGAAUAGUGCCAUUAGUGUUUGAGAAGCUCACCAGUUACAUAGAAAUGCAUGCACUAUACACAGAAGGCAUUUACCGGAAAUCUGGAUCGACCAACAAGAUCAAAGAGCUGCGGCAGGGGCUUGACACGGAUAUUGAGAGUGUGAAUCUUGAUGACUACAACAUCCAUGUUAUUGCCAGUGUAUUCAAACAAUGGCUGAGGGAUUUGCCUAAUCCUCUCAUGACAUUUGAACUCUAUGAAGAAUUUCUGCGAGCUAUGGGCUUGCAGGAGAGGAAGGAGGCCAUCCGUGGGGUAUACUCAGUCAUCGAUCAGCUUUCUCGCACCCAUCUCAAUACUUUGGAACGCCUGAUCUUUCACCUUGUCAGGAUUGCCCUGCAAGAGGAGACGAACCGAAUGUCAGCCAAUGCCUUGGCCAUUGUAUUUGCUCCCUGUAUUCUCCGUUGCCCAGACACAACUGACCCUCUGCAGAGCGCCCAGGAUGUUAGUAAAACCAUCAGCUGUGUAGAGUUGGUUGUUGUAGAACAGAUGAAUAAAUAUCGGGCUCGCCUCAAGGACAUCAGCAGCCUGGAAUUCGCAGAGAACAAAGCCAAGAGCCGUCUGUCGUUGAUUCGCAGGUCCAUGAAACCUGUACUAAUUGCCGUUAGAUUUAUGAGCAUAACCCGCAGUUCAAUCCCGGGUAAAGGGCGCUUACGCAGAGGGACCUUUCCAAGCCCUACAUCACCUGCUCCGGUCCGAUUACCGUCUGUGUCAGAUGUUCCUGAAGAGGCCCUGAGCAGCGAGGAGGCCCUGGAGAUGGAUGUCACAGAGCAGCAGCAAGUAGCCAUGCAGCAGGAAGAGAGAGUGUUGACGGAGCAGAUUGAGAGUCUGCAGAAAGAAAAGGAAGAGUUAACUUUUGAGAUGUUAGCCCUGGAGCCACGAGCCUCUGAUGAUGAAACUCUAGAGUCUGAGGCAUCUAUUGGCACUGCAGACAGCUCCGAAAACCUGAACUUUGAUUCUGAAGGAGCCAUCUCAGACAGAUCAGACAGAAGUUUAGCACUCGGCUCAGCAAGACCCAUCAAGGCAGAGCCCAUCACCACCACCAGAUCUCGAAGGCAUCUGAGAAAGCAGCAAGAUUCUAUGGACUCGGUGGACUCCUCCGUUUCAUCUCCAUCUCUGUCGCCCUCCUCCUCCUCCUCCUCCUCCUGCUUACCUCAUGUAACUAGGAAACGAUUCCAGAUAUACUCCAAAUCGCCUUUCUACCGAGCACUUCCCUCUGGGGGUGCCACAGCCCUGGAGCGAUCGCCAGGGCACGUCAAGGGUCUGGAUGACAGGCCGCAAUUCACCACCAGAGGAACAUUCAAUCCCGAGAAAGGCAAGCAGAAACUGAAGAAUGUGAAAAACUCUCCACCCAAAGCCAAAGAGCUCCCAGAGGGGACUGCUGGGGCAGGUCGGAAGAAACACCCUGAUGCUGCUGAUUACACCGGUUCCCCGCAGCUGCUGCUGCUUGGAAAUAAUGAGUUCAUGGUAUGAGCCAGUCCAUCACAGCAAAGCAAAAGCAUCUCAUCUUCGGCAUCUUCCCUCCACUUUAGCACCAUCUGCUGCCACCUCCAUUGUAGACCUGCUGCCGUCACCCGCGUCAGCUUCUCCUCCUCACACAUAGCUUGGAGUCCCAACAUUGCAUUACCAGUGAAGAAGAGAGGAGCUAACUGCUUCACAGAAACCAGUGGAGGAAGGUUCAGCUGUGGCCUUAGUUGUCUUCAACUUUUGGAACUCAGUCACUUCUUGGUGUCCCAGGCUGGGAAUUUGUAGUGAAACCAGCAAUGUUGAGGGAAUAAUGGCUAGAGAGCCACAUUUGUGUUCCCCAUCAGUCCUUGGUCCCGUCUUUAGGGGUCAUGGGAAUGUGCCAGCCAGCCAAGAAUACCAGGAGGGCAGCUGGAAUCCAGGGAGUUGUUCUUGAUCCCGAUUAAUAAAGCUGCUGACUUUGGGAUUGGGUUUUUGCACUGGGAUUGAUAAGUCUGGACCUUCUUAGAAGGAAUCACAGCAAUGAGGAGACGAACCCUUUGUUCAGAGCUAUUUAUAAUGCACUCCAUGGUGUUGUCAGAUGAUAUAAAACGCUCAUUUCCACUCAAGCACUUCUCAGACAACCACCAGGUGCAUACCUGUUGUGCAAAAGAGUUAGUUGUCUGUCUUUUUGUUUAGGUUUCUUUGUUGACCAUGUCAGAAUAACCAAUGCCAGUUUGAUUCCAGGUAGGUCAAAGCCAAAUAUUUGUGCCGGAUUUCCAGUAGCCAUAACCGCGACAAGUGUCCUGUGUUUAAGGCACAGGUUCAGAUUCCAAAAGGCGAAAGAAGUGUUAGGAGGUGGAACCCUUUGUCUUUCUGACGCUCCUUUACCCCAGACGCUCCGUGCUGCUAGCUGAGCAAAAGGCUCCACAGAUAGACUUUGACAGACUGAAAAACGUCACUCUCCGAAUCGCUUUACUCAGUCAAAAUGCAAAUGUAUGGAGAAGCGGUAAGGAAGGCUGCUGUCACAAUCAGUCUGUUUAAAAAGUGAUUUACCAUCACUUUCUUCACUGAACAUCAGUAUUAAAGGAAGGCGCAAAAAAAACCCCAGAGACUACUUGAAACUCUUUGUUAGUAUUAUGGUUACUGAAGUUCAAUGUAAAUAAAACUUCUUAUGUUUUUUUAACUUUUUUUUCCACAAUGUGGGACUUUUUUUUAACGUGGGACAUUUAUGCCAGGAAGGUGAAGGUGGAGCGGAACGGGAGGGUGUGGGACACUAGAAUCAGAUCUGACGUCGGUGCAGUACGGAAUAAUGGCUGGUAGUCACUUUUUGCACCAGUGUACCAUCAGGUACUUCUACCAGUACCUCGGGUUUGGAGCAUUCAGGUGUUCAUCCUCAUUACUUAAAUUGCUAUGAAUGGCGUGGGAAGAGCUCCUCUGUCUUGACUUUAGCAGUAAGGUCUGUGUAUCUUUUUUUUUUUAAUGGCCCUUUUGGAAGCUCCAUUUCUCAGAGCAUCUGAUAGCACCAUCGUCUUCUUGUGACCACGUGGCAGAAGAUACUGAGAGGGAUGAGGUUUGUUCAGCUGGCCACGUAAAUGUAACUGCAAUUAAAAACAGACUUGUUGAAAACGUAAGACAGGGACAUGUACCAUGAUAGUAUGCAUAAAUCUGGGGUUCCUGGUGUCUUUUGCAAGCCAUUUGCACCUUUAGGAUCCUACUGUAUUUCUCAUUUCCAGUCUUAAGGGGUUUGACUGACUGAGAGUCAGUGGUGAGUUAAAUGGUUUAAAACUGCCCCCAAAAUAAGUAUGUGAGCAGCCCCUUUAAGUUCGGCCAUGAAGUUUCUUGAAGGCUUGUAAGUCAUCACCGAUGGUAUGGCAGCUGCAAUGAAGCCCCAGUUUUCCAUAAUUGGCACCAUAUAGGCCAGGAGGCCUUGAUGCGUUCAGUGUGUGUGUGGAUGGGCUAGCUUUUGCAGGUCAAAACUUAGUUGUUAAAACCAAAGUUGAAUAUAGUCAGAUCAGAAGCUGCUGUUGAUCAGCAUACUGGGUGGCAAUGUAACUUUUUAAAUAAGAAAAAGCCCUCAGCAUUUUCAAAUCUUCAGAUAUAUAAUUGGAGUUAUCACUAUAAAGAGGCCUUAUUAGAGAAUUUAAACUAUUUCUUCAGUGAUUGUAGAUGGCACCUGCUCUGUUAGUCAAAACUUUGCCUAGCAGCUGACCGUGGAGUCUCCAGCUGUGCUUUUCCUUCUUCAAACCACAGACUGUCCCUCAGGCAAAACCUUCAAUCUGCUGAUGGAUUCACAAGACAACUUCUUGCUUUGGCUUUGCAAGGAUUGCUCAAGGUAUCCACUUUACCCGUGUGCCCUUGAAGCCUUUCUCUGCACAGGAUUGAAUCCUCCUGAGGGAUCCCCGCUUUUACAAACUGGACGAGGCGUAGGGUUUCCUUUUUUUCCCAAAGGAGCACCUUACUGCCGUCUGGAGCCUUGGCCACUGUGAUGAUACGCUCAGUGUCUUAGGGACUCGCAAUGGUCUUUCUCAUGGCUUCAGAUCCAGGAUAUGUUGCAACAUUGAGGAGCUCUGAUAAAGCAGGUAAGGGAACUCUCAGCGGGGUUUGGUAAACAGCAUUUAUCAACACUGGCCAAGAUGAUGGAUCUAGAAAGGAUACCCACGUCGUCCCUCUCUGUAGUCCUAGUGUGUUGCAGACUAAGCUAUACUCCCCUUCCCACCCCACCAUAUCACUCCAAACUGUACGAUACAGUCUACACAUUUCCCACGCACACGUUAGGUGCUCAUCUCCGCCUGUGCAAUGUCCGGCAAGUGCACGAAGAUCCUUGGAAACCUUUCUGACCCUUGUUUCUAAUUCUCCAGAAAGAAUCAGCUGAUUUCUGUGCUGGGAGGCACUGGGUUUUGCAUACACUCCAGGGGAUGAGUUCCUUUUUCUUCCAAUGCAAAGCCCGUUUCUCAGCACUGGCCAACAGGAAGGGGGGACAUCUCUACUUUAGAUGGGUCCAAGCUAGACUUUCGGUUCUUGGACUAUUUUUGAAUGCGGGCAACAGGAAGAAAAGUCUUUUAAAUUUCAUUCCCCGUCCAUGUUUCUGCCUGCUGCCUGUCUUCCAGGAUCACCAUCUUUCCUCCCUCCCUGCCCCAGUACGGCCUGUAAACAUGGGGUCUUGACUCUUUUUCCACUCAUGGUAUCAAGUGAAUGUACUCACCACUAGGAAGGACAUUGGCUGCAUAUAAUUAUUUUUAAUGGAAAUUUUUAAAGUAAUUUAUAAGUAUACUGAGUGUAAAUUUUAAAAACAGACUCUGUAUUGUAAAAGGAUAUAUUGUCCAGUGUCAUACUCUAUAAAUUUUACCUGUUUAAAGAAGAAUUCUAUAAAGGAAAAUGCUUUAUUUUGCUCACUGAACCGGGUGGCUUGUGGUAACACAGUCAAGCCGGUACGUUGUAAUUUCAUGUCUGGAAGUUUCUCUAAUUUUUUUUAAAAUUAAUGUUAUUUUUGUUUCCCUUUUCUGGAACAAGGCCGUCAUAUUUAAAGUGCAAUUUGUGUAAUAUUUCGUAAAUAUGAUACUAUAUGGCUGUACAAAACAACUUUAUGAACAAAUAACCCCUAGCUUAUUAAAGAACAAAGCAAUGGAAAAUA